GUAGCGUGAUGGGGAGGGACUUGGAGGUCUGCACGCGCUGGCUUAGCAGCAGGCUGUCUGAAGGAAGGCGAGCUCCGGAGCGGCGUCGCUGUUCUGGUUUGGGACAUUCAGCGACGGAAACUUAACUGCCAAGAUGUCCGACGACGAGCAGGAGCAGACCAUCGCGGAGGAUCUGGUCGUCACCAAGUAUAAAAUGGGUGGUGACAUCGCUAACCAGACUCUUCGUCAAGUUAUAGAGGCAGCAAAACCAGGGGUGUCCGUUCUCAGCCUGUGUCAGAAAGGUGACGCAUACAUCAUGGCCGAGACCGGAAAGGUCUUCAAGAAGGAGAAGGAAAUGAAGAAAGGUAUUGCCUUUCCCACCAGCAUCUCCGUCAAUAAUUGUGUUUGCCACUUCUCCCCACUGAAGAGCGACCCGGACUACACUCUUAAAGAUGGGGAUCUGGUCAAAAUAGAUCUCGGGGUUCACGUUGACGGCUUUAUUGCAAACGUUGCUCACAGCUUUAUUGUUGGAGCCAGCAAGGAACAACCUGCCACGGGUCGGAAAGCUGAUGUCAUCAAGGCUGCUCACCUGUGUGCUGAAGCAGCUCUACGCCUGGUGAAGCCCGGCAACCAGAAUACUCAAGUGACAGAAGCCUGGAACAAGAUUUCACAGUCUUUCAAAUGUACACCUAUUGAAGGUAUGCUGUCACAUCAGUUGAAGCAGCAUGUCAUAGAUGGAGAGAAGACCAUCAUUCAAAACCCAACUGACCAGCAAAGGAAGGACCAUGAGAAGGCUGAAUUUGAAGUGCAUGAAGUUUACGCUGUGGAUGUGUUGAUUAGCACUGGAGAAGGAAAGGCGAGAGACUCGGGUCUCAGGACCACAAUUUAUAAGAGGGACCCUAGCAAACAAUAUGGCUUAAAGAUGAAGACCUCUCGUACCUUCUUCAGUGAAGUGGAGCGGCGGUUUGAUGCCAUGCCCUUCACUCUGAGAGCCUUUGAGGACGAGGCUAAAGCCCGCCUCGGGGUGGUGGAGUGUGCCAAGCAUGAGUUGCUACAGCCCUUCAGUGUGCUCCAUGAGAAGGAAGGUGAAUUUGUUGCUCAGUUUAAGUUCACAGUGCUGCUGAUGGCAAACGGGCCUCACAGAAUCACUAAUGGACCUUUUGAGUCUGAAUUCUACAAGUCAGAGCAUGAAGUUCAGGACCCCGAGCUAAAGACUUUACUACAGAGCUCUGCCAGCCGCAAGACACAGAAGAAAAAGAAAAAGAAGGCUUCAAAGACGGCCGAAAAUGCAACUGGACAGCAGACGGAGGACGCUGAAGCUGUAGAAUAAAAACUGCCUUUUUAGACUUUCAAGACCCCAAAAAGGAGCCAAAUGAAUAAAAACCAAUUUGACCGACUUUUGGUCGUCUAUAAUGAGCUAAUUUGACAAUUGAUGAAUUCCUAAACAUGUUUGGAUUCAUGACCAUCCUCCAUGGAUGUUUAACCCUUUACUGCCUGAAGUGUUGAUGGUUGAAAACUGCCUUUCCUACCCAAGAACCUGAAACCUUUGCAUUGGAUUUUAACAUUUCUUUUGCCGAGUGGUAAUAUUUGGAAAUUAUUGCUUCUGUUCAUUUUUUAUUGACUGAGUUGAAUCUUUAAAUUGACACUCAUUCUUUAGCAGAUAUAAUAAAAAAUCUUUUUUUUUUUUUUGUCUUUUAGAACCACCUUUUAAGAUGGCACGAUUUUCCCUGAGAGAAUUAUUUUGACAACUCUUUUUAAGAGCGUUUCUCUUUUUGAUUCAUAAAAUCCAGAUUUGGGUACGAGUUUCUUCAAAAUGUUUCACAAUUGAUGGCAAGUAGGAAAUUGUUGUACUGCUUGAAAUCAGUGAUUCUCUUGUAACAAUUGUUUGAUUGUUCCUUUUCCAGACGUAACAUUUUAAAGCCGUUACCCAAAUAAUUAUUUUUCCAACAUAUCAGCAUAACUUACGGGAGCAAGAUGCUACAAUUACUGCCAAUCGCCUUGACUUUGAACCAUAAAGAUGAUAGUUUUUCAGUUUUAAAGAAAGUUCCCUCAGCAACAGCUGCUCAUUUGUUUUACAAGCAAAGUUUUUUGAAGCAUAAGAGCUUCGAUGAUUAUUUUUGAAAGUGAUUCUGUUCUCUGAGUUGAACCACUGAAAUGAUUUUCUUUAUUCAAAUAUUCCCCUGGAAAAAGUUGAAAUUGUCUUUAAUUGUUAAUGAUGGGAAAGCUAAUCCAGCUACUUCGCACAAACCACUGGGCAAUAGAACUUUUCAUCUAAUAAAGAACAUUUUUCAUA